AUGGAGGGCAUCAACGCAGACACAAAACUCGAGUCGCUCACCGACCAGCAGCGCAUCGAGCUCGCACAGAAGCUCCGCGACGAGCAGACGGCCAACCAGCCCCUCAUCUCCGAGGUGCAGCCCAUCGAGGUCCUCCUCGAAGAGUACGCCGACAAUGACGGCUUCAUUGGAAAGAUCAAGUGGCUCAGGGACGAGGGCCGCUUCAUUGGCCUUCGCCGGGCCAAGGGCGACGGCGACUGCUUCUACCGCGCCUUUGCCUUUGCCUUUAUCCACAAGAUCCUCCUCAUGAACGACCGCCCCCUCCACCACUUUGUCGUCAAGCACGUCGAGGGCACCCUCGCCCUCCUCAAGCAGGCCGGCUUUGACGAGGAAAUCUACCUCGACUUUUACGAGCCCCUCCGCCGCCUCCUCGCGCGCAUGCACUCGACCGACCCAGAGACCCAGGAGCUCAACGACCACGCCCUCCUCGAGGCCAUCAACGACCCAGAGACGAGCAACAGCAUCGUAGUCUACCUCCGCCUCCUCACCAGCGCCUUUCUCAAGGUCAACGCCGACGAGUACACGCCGUUCCUGUUUGCCCUCGACGGCGACGUGGGCAGCACCAGCGGCGGACCGCCCACCAUGUCCGAUUUCUGCGCCAACCAGGUCGAGGCGAUUGGCAAGGAGGCCGACCACGUCCAGAUCACGGCCCUCUCGCGCGCGCUAAAGACGAGCCUCGACGUGGCCUACCUCUCGCGCGCACAGGCCCCACCAGACACGCCCCUCUCGGAAUCCCUCGAGGGCGACUCGACGUUGCAGCAGCAGCAGCAGCAGCAGGCGCAGGCACACUCGCAGUCGCAGCAACCACCAUCAGCGACGACGGCGACGACGCAAGGGCAACAGGGGAAAGAGAUCCCGGGCGACGAGGCGGCGCAGCGCAGGAGACUCGCAGAGGACCCGAACCGGUGCGACGUGGUGCGCUUCGACGUCGAGGACGGCCAGAUGCUCGAGAUUGGCACCAUGCUCCUCCGUCCUGGCCACUACGACCUCCUCGUCGAGGCACCCGCUCCGGCCAGCCCGGAAAUCGAGAUCCCGCCCGUCGCCUCGGGUCCCUGA